AUGGCCUCCAGAUCGGGGGCCGGUUCUGGCGGACACCGUGCAAACCCAACCCCCCCUCGAGACUCCCAGGAAGACUUCCCGCCGCUUCCUCUUCCCCGCCUACCGUCGUUGCGGACGUUGAGUGGCGAGCGGGAACGAUCUCGACCGGCUUCACCACCAAGUGCCGCCGUCAGCGCCAGUGCUACUGCCGCCACUGCCGGUCUCAACGGUCGACAGCCCGCCAGAUACUGGUCGGCGGCGGCCAGGAGAGCCGAGCGCAUCCGCAACCUUGACGACAGAGCCCCCAGCCUGGAUGACUUGGAAUCCAACUCCAUGGACCAGUCGUGGUCCUCGACGUCCCGUCGCCAGCCAAGACUACGCCCUCUCGAUACCGCUUCGCACCAUCGACGACCCAACCUGGACGAGCUGGACCAGACUCUCGACGAGGCCAACUCGCAGCUUCGCACGCUUCUCGACAUGACAAACCGUAUCGAUCUCAUGCCGCCUUUUCUCCGGUCAACCCAGUCGCCGCCCACUAUUCGUCCCCACGACUUUCCCGACGACAAUGUCCGAAGCAAGCGUCGGAAAAUCGAUUCAAGCAGACUAGUGCCGAGCUUGAAGGGCUUCCGGUAUGGCAAAUACGGCCAGGUUGAACCGGGCCAGCUGCAAAUGGAGAUUGUAAGCUGCGACGGCGGCAUGUUCUCCAACGAGUCGUCCUACGCCGCCGAGAACAUCCUCAAGGACGACAGUUCGGUGUACUGCACCAAGGGCAAUAGAUGUAAUAUUGUGCUGCGACACCAAGGCGCAACCGUCUUCACCCUCGAAGAACUCGUAAUCAAGGCUCCUGCUUCCAUGAACUAUUCCCAUCCGGUACGCGAAGGCAUGGUCUUCAUCUCCAUGAACCAAGACGAAAUCCUAAGCCGCACAGCCCAAUACCAAAUCCAAUACGUCUCCUCCAACCGCAUCACCUACGACGACCCAACGCCCCGACACAUCGUCUCCAUCCGCCACCACAACGACGGCACAACCUCCACCCGCGUUCGUCGCUCCCUCUAUCCCUCCCACUCUUACUCCCACGACCACGAUGAGGACGACCACCGCACCCCCGAAAUGCCCCAGGAGUUUUCCACAAACCAGCCCGACUUCCGCAUUACCACCGAAUGCACCUCGGACGAAGAAGACUACUCCAUGCCUCAUAUCCUCCGCCGCACACCCAACCGCAUCGGCUUCUUGCCCUUUGAAACAGAAACCUCUGAUUCCGAAGACGGCCCCUUUACGGAUGACUUUACCGAAUCCUUCCACCGCCAAAUCCACCCCCCGUCGGGGUCCUCGACAUCGCAUCCGUCCCGCCCGACCCACUCUCACAACGAACGUCUCUCCGUCUCUUUGGCAGAAGCAUGGGACGCCCACGCCUCGGCUACGCAAGAAGCCAUUCGCGCGGUAGGCGGCGAACUGCUCGUCCCCCACGCCAAAUUCUUCAUCGAGAAGAAGAAGUCCAAGUGCACCAUCCGGUUCGACCCCCCUGUUUCGGGACGCUUCAUCCUCCUCAAGAUGUGGAGCUCGCACCAUGACGUGGCGAGCAACAUUGAUAUUCAGAGCGUCAUGGCAAAGGGGUACGCUGGACCGCGGUACUUUCCGUCGGUGGAGCUGAGUUAA